AUGUUGGGGUUAUUUCAGGUGCACCAGGAAUGUUCAGUGAGCCUCACUCAAGCUCGGCUAACUGCCGCUGCUGAGCAACAAGAAAGGCGUUUAAACGUACCGAACGAAGAAGAAACGAGACUCGUGCUGACACCUGACGGCGACGCCAUGAACUGCGCCGUCCAGCCACGCAUCUCGAAAGAGACGCUUGGGCCCGCGCCGGGGGCUGUGAUCAGCGCAGAGCGGGGAGUGGUGUUUAUGACAAGAGUUCUUAGUUUUUCAGUAGUCGUGUGA